AUGUCAAGAAAACUUCGUGCACUCGACGUAAACAAAGCAGAAAAAAAUCAAGUCAGAGUGGACUUCCAGAGUUAUACCAAGCCAGGAGAUCCGGCGACUGACAAUGCGCCUAAGAACCUCUUCACUACAGUUGAUAACAAUCUCCUUUCAAAACCCACCUACAGAGCCUUCUUGGCGCUCACCAACAACUUCUAUCGGGAAACUGGUAAAGCUGAACCACGCGUCACAAAGCAAGAGGUCUGUUCAAGAUCUGUUAGGUUCCAUACGAUUAUCAGCCUCUUCACUACAGUUGAUAACAAUCUCCUUUCAAAACCCACCUACAGAGCCUUCUUGGCGCUCACCAACAACUUCUAUCGGGAAACUGGUAAAGCUGAACCACGCGUCACAAAGCAAGAGGAAGAACAAGAAACAAAAACGUUUCUCGCUGCAGUGCUCCAAUCGAAACCCAUGCAAGCGGUGUACAGCUUCCUGAAUACGAAAAAGCAUCCAUUUGCAACAAGUCCUGCUGUCUUCGAAAAAUGGCUCAAGCAACUCUGGUUCGAACACUACUCCCGCGCUAAUGGUGUGCCUGAUUCAUCUGCUUUCGAACACGUUUUUAUUGGA